AUGGCAGCUUUGGGUGGGAAUGAUGAUGGAUCUGUUCGUGAUUCCUCGAAACGGACCGUCUCCGAGGUUGCCUCCACCCUCAUUUAUCCGUCUCCGAGCUUGUCCAGUGCUCAUCACUUUGUGUCGAUCAAGCUCACCGCACACAAUUAUCUGUUCUGGCGUACUCAGAUGCUCCCGUUUCUCGAAGGUCAGGGGGUGUUGGGUUUUGUUGACGGCUCGGUGGAGUGUCCGGCAGCUGCCUCGCCGGAAAAGUCGACGGCGGACAGCGGCAGCACUGCCUCGGCAGUGGCGUCGCCGGUGGUGCAGUGGCGUCGACAGGACAAGGCUGUCCUGUCUCUCUUGAUCUCGUCCCUGUCGGGCGAGAUGCUACCAUUGGCGGUGGGCCGGCCGACGUCGCGUAAGUUGUGGUUGGCGAUUGAGCAAGAGCUCGGCUCGGCAACGCGGUCUCGCGCGGUUCGUUUGCUCAGUGAACUGCAGCGUUUGUCGCAGGGGGCUUCAUCCGUUUCAGAUUAUUUGAACCGGGCGCGGAUUUUGGUGGAAGAUUUGGCCCUUGCUGGGCGUCCGGUUCCUCUUGAUGAGCAGAAUAUUUAUGUCUUCCGUGGACUGCGGUCGGAUCUUCGCCCGCUUGUUGCUCCGUUGACUCGUGGUGACCCGUUAACUCUCUCGGAUCUUUCCGAUUAUUUAAUUUCUCAAGAAUAUAUCUGCGCAGGUGAUGGUCCGGUUGGUGCGCCGGCUGCCUUGACCGUUCACCGUGGUGGCCGAGGCGGUCGUGGCGGAGGCCGGUUCUCCCGAGGUGGCUCGGGCAGUGGGGGUUCCGGCGGCAGUGGUUCGGGCAGCGGCAGUUCGGGCAGUGGCGGCCGUGGUCGCGGCGGCCGGGGCCUUGGCCGUGGUCGCUCGGAUGUGCGUUAUCAGAUUUGUGACAAGAUUGGGCACUCGGCAGCAAAUUGUUGGCGCCGUUAUUCUGAGUCGUCUGGUCCUCAGGCUAAUGUGGCUUUUUCUGGUGGUGAGGGUGGUUCGGUUGACUCUCACCAAUGGUUUCCUGAUACGGGGGCUACUAAUCAUGCCACUCCCGAUUCCUCUCAGUUGAUGUCCUCGGCAGGUUAUGACGGUUCGGACACUCUUCGUGUCGGCAAUGGUGAAGGUAUGCCUAUCUUUAGUGUUGGGUCUACUUUGAUAGCUACGUCUUCUAGAGUGUUUCGAUUAGAUGAUGUUUUGCAUGUCCCUGGUUUGUCUUCCUCUUUAAUUUCUGUUCAACGCUUUGCUAAAGAUAAUCGUGUCUUUUUUGAGUUUCAUCCUGACUGUUUUCUUGUGAAGGAUCUCUUGACUAGGGAGGUGGUUUUUAAGGGGGGAACUUCUGGUGGCUUAUACUCCUGGCCCGCGUCUUCUGCUCGUUCUGUUGCUUAUGUUGCUGCGCGUGCUUCGUCUUCUACGUGGCACAAGCGGCUUGGUCACCCUCAUACUCGGGUUCUUCGUCAGAUUUUGCAGUCUUCUGGUGUUAGUAGUUUUAAUUCUGUGUUUUCUAUUUAA